UGAACGAAACUGGAAGAACAACUCAGACAAAGAAAGAAAGUCCCAAGCUAGACAAGAAACCCUCUUUGUUUUGUCUGAUCACAUGACAUAUUUCAGUUCUUAAAUCUUCAGAAAUUUUUCCAUUCUUGUUUUGCUUUCUUUUGAUUUUCUAUCUUCAUCCCAAAACCAAUAAUUUUGGUUACUACGAACCAAACAUGAACAGAGAGAAAAUUCAUAUUUUGUUCUUCCCCUUCAUGGCUCAUGGUCACAUGAUUCCAGUUCUAGACAUGGCCAAGCUUUUCGCAAGCAGAGGAGCCAAAUCAACCCUCCUCACAACUCCAAUCAAUGCUAAGAUCUUGGAGAAACCUAUUGAAGCAUUCAAAGUUCAAAAUCCUGACUUCGAAAUCGGAAUCAAGAUCUUCAACUUCCCUUGUGUAGAGCUAGGAUUGCCUGAAGGAUGCGAGAACGGUGACUUCAUCAACUCAUACCAAAAAUCUGACUCAGGUGACUUGUUCGUGAAGUUUAUUCUCUCUACUAAGUAUAUGAAACAUCAGUUGGAGAAUUUCAUUGAAACAACCAAAUCAAGUGCUCUUGUGGCCGAUAUGUUCUUCCCUUGGGCGACAGAAUCUGCUGAGAAGUUCGGUGUGCCAAGACUUGUGUUCCACGGCACGUCAGUCUUUGCCUUGUGUUGUUCGUAUAACAUGAGGAUUCAUAAGCCUCACAAGAAAGUCGCUACGAGUUCUACUCCUUUUGUAAUCCCAGGUCUUCCAGGGGAGGAGAUAGUAAUGACAACAGACCAAGCCAAUGUUGUUUUUGACGAAGAAAGUCCAUUUGGAAAGUUUUGGAAAGAGGUCAGGGAAUCAGAGAUUAGUAGUUUUGGUGUUUUGGUGAAUAGCUUCUACGAGUUGGAAUCUGCUUAUGCUGAUUUUUACAGUAGUUCUGUGGUGAAAAGAGUUUGGCAUAUUGGUCCGCUUUCGCUAUCUAACAAAGAGUUUGCCGAGAAAGCCGGAAGAGGGAAAAAGGCAACCAUUGAUGAGGAAGAAUGCCUCAAAUGGCUCGACUCUAAGACACCUGGUUCAGUAGUUUACAUGUCCUUUGGCAGCCGAACUAGCUUCACCAACGAACAGCUGUUAGAGAUCGCUUCCGGUCUUGAAAGCUCUGGCCAAAACUUCAUCUGGGUGGUUAGGAAAAAUGAAAACCAAGGUGAAAAUGAAGAGUGGUUGCCUAAAGGGUUUGAGGAGCGGACUACAGGAAAAGGGUUGAUAAUACGCGGAUGGGCUCCCCAAGUGCUGAUACUUGACCACAUAGCAAUAGGAGGAUUUGUGACGCAUUGCGGAUGGAACUCGACUAUGGAGGGAAUUGCCGCGGGACUACCUAUGGUAACUUGGCCGAUGGGUGCGGAACAGUUUUACAACGAGAAGCAAUUGACAAAAGUUUUGAGAAUAGGAGUGAACGUGGGAGCUACCGAGUUGGUGAAAAAAGGAAAGCUGAUUAGUAGAGAGGAAGUGGAGAAAGCAGUGAGGGAAGUGAUAGUUGGAGAAGAGGCAGAAGAAAGGCGGAUAUGGGCUAAGAAGCUAGGCGAGAUGGCUAAAGCCGCUAUGGAGAAAGGAGGGUCUUCUUAUAAUAAUGUUAACAAGUUUAUGGAAGAGUUGAAUGGUCGAAAGUAAAAAAGACAGAACAUGUUUAAUGUUGCAUUGAUGUGAGAUUGUUUUCUUGACUUUGUGUAUCUUUUGAAGUUCCUGUAAUACAUGAGAACAUUAGCUUUAGCCACUGUUUGGUUAGAGAAAGUAUGUGGUGUGUUCUCAAUUACUUUUGAAGAGUUUAAUUGUACGUCACUUGUCUUCAAUGGUCUAAUGAUUUUUCUAAGCA